CCUUUCCUUUUUGUUGUAAUUAUACCCGUACAAGAUGUCUGAGCUGCGCUUCGACAACCAAACCGUCGUUGUGACGGGAGCCGGCGGUGGUCUCGGUAAGGCCUAUGCUACCUUCUUUGCCUCGAGGGGCGCAAACGUCGUUGUGAACGACUUGGGUGGUUCUCACUCUGGUGAGGGCCAGUCGUCAAAGGCUGCUGAUGUGGUCGUCGAGGAGAUCCGCGCUGCCGGAGGCAAGGCAGUCGCCAACUACGACAGCGUUGAGAACGGCGAAGCUAUUAUUGAUACCGCCAUCAAGAACUUCGGCCGCGUUGAUGUCCUCAUUAACAACGCCGGUAUUCUCCGGGAUGUCAGCUUUAAGAAUAUGAAGGACCAGGACUGGGACCUUAUCACCAAAGUUCACACCUAUGGUGCAUACAAGUGCGCAAGAGCCGCAUGGCCUCAUUUCCGGAAACAGAAGUACGGCCGUGUCAUUAACACUGCCUCGGCUGCUGGUCUCUUCGGUAACUUUGGCCAGGCCAACUACUCUGCCGCGAAGCUCGGUCAGGUCGGUUUCACCGAGACCCUCGCCAAGGAGGGCGCCAAGUACAACAUCAUUGCCAACGUCAUUGCACCUAUCGCCGCUAGCCGCAUGACUGCCACCAUUAUGCCCCAGGAUGUUCUGGAUCUUCUCAAGCCCGAAUGGGUUGUUCCCUUGGUGGCCGCUUUGGUGCACCCCUCUAACACAACCGAGACCGGUGGAAUCUACGAAGUCGGUGGUGGCCACGCUGCCAAGCUGCGCUGGGAGCGUGCCAAGGGUGCUCUGCUCAAGACCGACGACUCCUUGACCCCCGGUGCUAUCGCUAGGAAGUGGAACGAUGUCAACGACUUCUCUCAGCCCGAGUAUCCGACUGGCCCGGCUGACUUCAUGACCCUCUUGGAGCAGGGCUUGAAGACCCCCAGCGCCCCGUCUGGCGAGGAGCCUGACUUCAAGGGCAAGGUUGCUCUUGUCACUGGUGGUGGUAACGGUCUCGGACGCGCGUACUGUCUGCUCUUUGCCAAGUAUGGCGCCUCUGUGGUGGUGAACGAUCUGGUCGACCCUGAGCCCGUUGUGCAGGAAAUUAAGAAGAUGGGCGGAAAGGCUGUCGGUAACAAGGCUUCCUGCGAAGAUGGCGCCGCCGUUGUUAAGACUGCCAUCGAUGCUUUCGGACGUAUCGAUAUUCUGAUCAACAACGCCGGUAUCCUGCGUGACAAGGCCUUCACCAACAUGAACGACGACCUGUGGAACCCUGUUAUCAAUGUCCACCUCCGUGGUACCUACAAGGUUACCCAGGCCGCUUGGCCUUACAUGCUUAAGCAGAAGUAUGGCCGUAUCGUCAACACUGCAAGCACCAGCGGCAUCUACGGCGCCAAGUACAACAUCAAGGUCAACACCAUCGCUCCUAACGCCGGUACCAACAUGACCCGUACUAUCAUGCCCGAGGAGAUGGUCCAGGCCUUCAAGCCCGACUACGUUGCUCCUCUCGUGGUUCUUCUUUCCUCGGAUAUUGUCCCUGGAACCGGUACCAAGGGUCUGUACGAGUGCGGCAGCGGCUGGUUCUCUAACACUCGCUGGCAGCGCUCUGGUGGUCACGGUUUCCCUGUGGACGUCAAGCUGACCCCUGAGGAGGUUGUCAAGAACUGGAACAAGAUCACCAACUUCGACGACGGCCGUGCGGACCACCCCGAGGACAGCCAGGCUGGUUCUGAGAAGGUCAUGGCCAACAUGGGCAACCGCAGUGAUGCCUCCGAGGGUGGCAACGACAUCUUGGCCAACAUCGAGAAGGCCAAGCAGGCGACCACCGAUGGAACUGCUUUCGAGUACAGCGACCGGGAUGUCAUUCUCUACAACCUCAGCUUGGGUGCUAAGCGCACCGACCUGCCUUUCGUGUACGAGAACAAUGAGCACUUCCAGGCUAUUCCCACCUUCGGUGUGAUCCCUUGGUUCAACACCGCCGUGCCUUACAACAUGGACGACAUUGUGAAGAACUUCUCCCCCAUGAUGCUGCUGCACGGUGAACAGUACAUGGAGAUCCGCAAAUUCCCCAUCCCCACCGAGGCCAAGACCCUGACCUUCCCCAAGCUCAUUGACGUUGUUGACAAGGGUGCCGCUGCUCUCGUCGUCGCCGGUUUCACCACCAAGGACGCAAAGACUGGAGAGGACCUCUUCUACAACGAGUCCACCGUUUUCAUCCGUGGCAGUGGCGGCUUCGGCGGAUCCCCCAAGCCCACCGCUGCCCGCCCCAAGGGAGCCACCGCGGCGUACAAGGCUCCUCAGCGCAAGCCGGAUGCUGUUGUCGAGGAGAAGACCUCUGAGGAUCAGGCUGCCCUCUACCGUCUCAACGGCGACCGCAACCCUCUCCACAUUGACCCUGAGUUCAGCAAGGUCGGUGGCUUCAAGACUCCUAUCCUGCACGGUCUGUGCUCCCUGGGUGUCUCUGGUAAGCACGUGUACAGCAAGUUCGGUGCCUACAAGAACAUCAAGGUUCGCUUUGCCGGUGUCGUCCUGCCCGGUCAGACUCUGAGGACCGAGAUGUGGAAGGAGGGCAACACCGUCCUGUUCCAGACCACUGUUGUGGAGACUGGCAAGCCCGCCAUUAGCGGCGCCGGUGUUGAGCUGUUGGACGGAGCCAAGGCCAAACUGUAA